AUGCUGGGGGCCGGAGCGGCGGUCCUGCCGGCGGGGCGGGAGGCGGGCGGGGCGAGGAGGGGCAGCAGCCCCGCGGCGACGGCGCGGCGGCGGAGCGGCGGGGCCAUGGAGAGCGGCGGGGCGCUGAACGGCUCGGCCGCCGCCGGGCGCUUCGCGGCCGCGGGCACGGCGGCGCUGGCCGCGCUCAUGGCCCUGCUCAUCGCCGUCACCGUGGCCGGCAACGCGCUGGUGAUGCUCGCCUUCGUGGCGGACUCCAGCCUGCGCACCCAGAACAACUUCUUUCUCCUCAACCUGGCCAUCUCGGAUUUCCUAGUAGGUGCCUUCUGCAUCCCCCUGUACGUGCCCUAUGUGCUGACGGGGAGAUGGAUCUUCGGGAGAAGCCUCUGCAAACUCUGGCUGGUAGUUGAUUACCUGCUCUGCACCUCUUCGGUCUUCAACAUCGUACUAAUUAGCUAUGACAGAUUCCUCUCGGUGACAAGAGCGGUCGCUUACAGAGCCCAGCAAGGCAACACCAAGCAAGCAGUGCUGAAGAUGGUGAUGGUGUGGGUGUUGGCAUUCCUGCUGUACGGACCUGCCAUUAUCAGCUGGGAGUACAUAUCAGGCCGGAGUAUCAUUCCCACUGGGGAGUGCUACGCUGAGUUUUUCUACAACUGGUAUUUUCUCAUGACAGCCUCUACCCUGGAGUUUUUCACCCCUUUUAUCAGUGUAAUGUUUUUCAACCUGAGCAUUUACCUGAACAUACAGAAGCGUACCAAGAUGCGCCUGGAUAUUUUCCAUGAAGUGCACAACCAGUCCUUCACUGAAGAGAUGGAAACAAGCCCAGAAGCAAAGCUUUCUUUGAAAUGCUGCAAGUGGGAGCAGAAGGAGUCAGCUGAAACCCUCGACCUCUCUAAGAGCAAAGCUCAAGCAACAGCCUCCUCUUCUAGCCUGGGUGCCAAAGACCUGCUGACAACAAGCUCGGAGAGCUCUGGGAAACCCAAGUGUUGCAACAAAAAGAGCUGUAAAAAUUCAGCAUCCACUCCGUCCUUAGAGAAACGGAUGAAGAUCGUGUCCCAGAGCAUGACUCAACGCUUCAGGCUCUCUAGAGACAAGAAAGUGGCCAAAUCCCUGGCAAUCAUCGUGGGCAUUUUUGGGAUUUGCUGGGCACCAUACACUCUCCUGAUGAUCAUCCGUGCUGGCUGCCACGGCCACUGCAUCUCUGAGUACUGGUACGAGACUUCCUUUUGGCUGCUGUGGAUCAACUCGGCCAUCAACCCUGUCCUAUACCCUCUCUGCCACUACAGCUUCAGAAGGGCUUUUAUUAAACUCCUCUGUCCCAAGAAGCUGAAGAUUCAACCUCAUGAUGCCCUUCAGAACUGCUGAAAGUGAAGCCAGCCCUGUGUGAGGAUGAGAAGAGUCUUGGUUUAAUACUCCAGCAUUGGUGUAGGAAUGCAGCUUCCUUCCUUGGAAGAACCUGGGAGCUGGGCGCAGUGGUCUGGGGCAGGUGAGGAAGGCAGCAGGGAGACCGCUGUUAAUUUAUUCUAGUUCAUCAACAACAAAAUCCCACAGCAUAGGGAUUGUUUUUUUGACAUUAACCACAGACGGUGAAGUCCGUGUCCGCUACUUGCAGGUGCCACAAAAGAGCUCUGCUGCCACCUAGUCAGGCUGAGCAGCACCAGCAUUUUGCUAAAAUAAAGAAAAAUGGACACUGAAAAAUAAAAGUUAGCAAAUUAAUAUCUGGCCUUAAACCAUUGCACUAAAUUACAGUUUAGCUGUUUGCAGACCUGAUUUUUCCCAUAACUGGGAGUGUUUUUUCUUAAGAUGUUACACGGAGGAAACACCUCGUUUAUCCUUUUUGCUACAGCAGCUGCAGCCAUAAUCUGGAUCCCUCUUCCAUGGGGUGCAAUAGAUGUCCCUUCCACUCCCCAAGAAGCGGGGAAUUUUAGCAAGAUUCAGAACACUUGCAUUCUUCCUUUUAAAAUACAUCACUUGAAUGGAGAUCAACAUAAUCAGUCAACAUGAGCAUCAAUUCUUUUAUUUCUCAAUGUUUUUCAAAGCAGUCAACUAAUUCCACAGACAGAGCACCAGAUUCAGGAGACCAGGGGCUCUAGCCUUGGUUUUAACAUAAAAUCUUGGGCAUUUUAUCUCUGCUUCCCAUCUCAUGCUUCCACACACCUGCCUGUGUGUUCUGUAACCUCUUUGGGCACAGAGUAUGACCGAAAAGCAGAUGACUUCCACUGCCCAUCUCUGUUGGCACUGCUCAGUGAUGUGGUAACACAAGCAUGUAAUUAGUUGCUGUGGCAUAUGCUCAUAUUUAACAGUAUUGCACAGGGGAAGCUCAAGAUCAUAAGUCUGAAAACUACAUUUACAAAUAGAAGCCCAAAUGCUGUAAAGUAGUACCCAAGAGCUUAUGAUGUUGUGAUUGCCAAUUACACCUCGCUGUUGCAAGCAAACUGCUUUUUGGCUGCUGCUAGGAGUAAAAGAAAAUGCCAUCCAACUGUAUUCCAGUGAUAUUUGUUAAGUAGAUCAGUAUUGUCAUCUGAAGUCAAGAUUUAAAUGAUGACUUGUCUUGUGUAUAUGAGGUUUCAGUCUUGUGACACUUUCUGUCAGUUUGUUUAUACAUGGGUUAAAAUGUACCCUUUGAAAUACAUGUACUGUGAAUUGACAGGAUGCUCAUACCUUUCCCUUCUGUCUGUUCCCUUCUGAAAACCAUAAUAAAGUAUUUUUAUAUGAA